AUGUCGGUCGAUUCAGAGCAGCUGGUCUUCCAAUGUGACAUGCUGAGAGGGAAUGAAAAGAUCCAUCAAGCGAAAGCAAUUCUGCCAUUCUCCAUAGUUCAUCUCUUUGCCCUGGUCAACCAUUCCUGCGAAACACCACAGUGCAUGGUGACACAAUCCGUGCCCUGUCCAACCACCUGUCUCACUCCACUUCUGCAAGAUCUGCGAGAGAUAACAUCAACCUCUGCGACCUCAUUCAAACUCCGAUCAAAACGUCCGAACGGCCCUGCCGAACGACCCCUAUCUCUCGCAACGGCCGCUCCAUCAAGUCCGCUCACCUCUCGUGGCCCACAUCCGCUGCGAACCUUAAUUCAUCUCGCGUGGCAGCCACGAGUUCGCCCCACAGCGACGGACCACUUUCAACACACAAAACAUCACCACCGACUAGCAAUCAUGAGUCGCAACGACGCUCGUUUCAGCACCUACUCGGGCGCACCAUCGCUUCAGCCUUCGCUCGCACCCACUCUCGACACAACCUCCAACCGCUCCUCAUCCCAGCAAUACAGCUCCCGCUACAGUGAACAAGCCUUCCUCGCCCCACAGACCAUUCUCGAGAAAGGCGACCGCACAUUCUACGGCAACUCCGUUCGCGGCAGCACAAUGUCCCUUUCCGCCUCCGAUCCCAAGACAGCAGACAUUCGCUCCUUCGCCGACACACUCGACCGCAUGAACGACGAGCGUGCGGACAAGCAGCGCUUCGUGAUGAGCAGCAACAAGACAGAAGAGGUCAGCAAGAUUGCAUUGGGCGCCAAACUCGACCGAGCUCUGUCUCGACGGAUGGUCGGUCAGGAUGCGGUGUUCAAGCCGAAGAAGCAGCCUUUGGAUGAAAAGCUGGCAAUGGAAAUCGCACAGGCUUCUUGAAGUGCGGGUAAAGAACCUCAUUGGGUAGCGAGGCGUGGCAAGCAGGUGCAUGGCAGUGAGCGACAAAUCAGCUUGUGGGUUGCAUGCGACGGUGUCAUGGUGUCUUUAUACCUCGAUUGGGCGUCCAAGGGAAUGAGAAAGGACCUGGAGCGACCGGAGCGACUGGACUCC